AUGGAAUCGAUAGAACCACGACUUUUGAAAAUUGACAAUGAAGAUUUUCGAGCUCUAUUCACACCCCAACUCUUGAAACUUCGAGAUCUGUUCGCAAAACGAAACUAUGAAAUUCGGAUUGCUGGUGGAGCAGUUCGAGAUCUUCUUAUGAAUAUUCGUCCGGCAGACGUUGAUUUCGCAAGUACUGCCACGCCAACACAGAUGAAGGAAAUGUUCGAGGAAGAGAACAUUCGAAUGUUACACAAACGAGGAGAGGAACACGGAACGAUCACUUGCCGCAUUCAUGAAGCUGAGAAUUUCGAGAUCACAACUCUCCGCAUUGACGUCGUCUGUGAUGGAAGACGCGCCGAAGUGAAAUAUACAACUGACUGGCAGCUAGAUGCAAAUAGGCGCGAUCUCACGAUUAACUCUCUAUUUUUAGAUCUCCAUGGAAAUGUUGUCGAUUAUUUCGGUGGAAUCGCAGACAUUGAAUCGCGCCGAGUCGCUUUUGUUGGUGACGCCCGUCAACGAAUUCAGGAAGAUUAUCUUCGCAUUCUCAGAUACUUUCGUUUCUUCGGCCGUAUUUCUAAUACACCAGAACAUGAAGCUGACACAAUACAAGCAAUUAUUGAUAACAAAGAUGGUAUGGCUGGAAUUAGCGCAGAGAGAAUUUGGACGGAACUCAAAAAGAUUGUCGUUGGAAGAAUGGCAGACAUCGUCGUGAAAUCGAUGAUUGAACAAUGUCAGCUACAAAAGUAUCUAGGAUUGCCAGAAAAUUGCAAUCUCAACAGAUUCCAGAAAGUCUUCACCCGUUUCCCAAAAUGCGUCGAACCAAUGACAAUGAUUGCAUGUCUCUGUGAAGAAGAGGAACAGAUAGCAUCAUUCCACAAAAUGACAAAACUCUCCAAUGAUGAACGUCUUCUCGGAGAGUUCAUUCUACGCGAGCGAAAUGCAGCCAUUGAGAAUUUGGAUAAUAAUGACUGGUGGAUUGAUAGAAUUGUCGAUUUGGAAGUACGUCCUGGACACGAAAACCAGCUGGAUCGUCUCCGUUUGCGACUCGAUCAAUUGGCAAGAAGUGUACUGGCUGACGAAGAACGUAUUCAGAUGAUUGAGAAAUUCGUGGCUCCACAGUUUCCUAUCACAGGAAAAGUUUUGAUAGAUUCGAAAAAGGUUCACCAAGGGCCACAUGUGAGAAAUGUGCUCUUUUAUCUCUUCGAUUUGUGGAAGGCAUCAAGAUUCACAGAGACCAGAGAAACACUUCUAGAGCAUGCUGGUGAUGCUGAUAUACCAGAUCUAUCAAAAGACAAGAAGUCAAAAUCUCCAAAACGAUAA